UUUAGCCAAGAAAAGAUAACUACGUAAGAUCGACAAGCCGGCCACGCAAGCAAUUUACUAUUCUAUUGCAAAAGUUGGAAAGGGAAAAAUCAUUAAAAUGGGGUUAUCACCAGCAAUUUCGAGUGUGAUUUCUCUGACACUUGGUAUGUCAAUGUUUGCUGUAAUGCAGAUGUUCAAACAACAGUUGGCAGCUACAGAAUAUAUGACAAUACUAGGAGGUUUACUUGGUAGCAUUGUGUUCAUCUUUGUCUUGACUGGUGUCAGUAAUCUAGAAACUUCCUUAUUUGGAGGUGGAUUUCAAACUAAACUUUUACCAGAAGUCGCCUUUUGUUUAGCCAUGGCCAUGUUUGCCUCUGGUCUCAUCCACAGAGUUUGUGUAACAACUUGUUUUAUAUUUUCACUGGUGGCUUUAUAUUAUAUCAAUAAGAUAUCUCAGAAAGUUCAUGCUCCUGUAGCUGUGCAGUCAACAGGGAAAUCUACUCCAGGAAAGAAGAAACGUUAGUGUGAUCUACAACAUUAUACAAUGAUCAUCUUUUGUAUUAGAUACUUAUUAAAUUGAUUUAGGAAAUCUCA